CUAGAUUGCUCAAAAAUAUGACCCGCAGAUGGAGGAGGAUCUGAGACUCUGGAUAGAGGAGGUGACUGGCAUGAGGAUUGGUGACAACUUCCAGAUGGGCCUGAGAGAUGGAGUCAUUCUCUGCCAUCUCAUUAACAGAUUACAACCAGGAGCAGUGAGGAAAGUAAAUGAUGCAAAAAUAAACUGGCACAAGCUGGAAAACAUUGGAAACUUUAUUAAAGCCAUGCAGGAAUAUGGCAUGAAGCCACAUGACAUUUUUGAAGCAAAUGACCUCUUUGAGAAUGGAAAUAUGACCCAAGUGCAGACAUCUUUGGUAUCCUUGGCUGGUUUGGCAAAAACAAGAGGCUUUCACACUACAGUAGACAUUGGUGUUAAGUAUGCAGAAAAGCAGAAGAGACAGUUUGAUGACGAUAAACUAAAAGCUGGACAGAGCGUUAUUGGUUUACAGAUGGGAACAAACAAAUGUGCAAGCCAAGCAGGAAUGACAGCCUACGGUACAAGACGACAUUUGUAUGAUCCAAAGAUGCAGACUGAUAAACCCUUUGACCAGACUACAAUCAGUUUACAGAUGGGAACAAACAAAGGUGCCAGCCAGGCUGGCAUGCUGGCACCAGGAACGAGACGAGACAUUUAUGAUCAGAAAGGAAUUCUUCAGCCCAUUGACAACUCCACAAUCUCACUGCAAAUGGGCACCAAUAAAGUGGCAUCUCAGAAAGGAAUGAGCGUUUAUGGCCUUGGCCGGCAAGUGUACGACCCCAAAUACUGCGCUGCUCCCACAGAACCAAUCAUACACAACGGCAGCCAAGGGACCGGCACAAAUGGCUCAGAGAUCAGCGACAGCGACUAUCAGGCAGAAUACCCUGAAGAAUACACAGGAGAGUACCCAGAUGACUACCCUAGAGAUUACCAUGGCCAGUACAGUGACCAGGGCAUAGAUUACUAG